AAGAUGACCCUAAAACAACAAUCAAGCUCAUAACUACUUCUAGUAUACUGGUUUAUCAAUAUUUUCAACAUGAGCUUGUUGUAACUCAAAUUCUAAGUCUGUACGAUAGACCCGAUAAUGAGGAUAUUAAUUAG